CGGCUAUUAAAAAACAAAACAACAAGAAACCCGAUCUUAUGUGUUUUGAUACGUAUCAAAACAAGUUAAAACAGCUGUAUAUAUAACAGUUUUUUUACAUAUAUACGCGUCAAUUUAGUAAUCUAAUGGUUAUAGUAUUUUUUUGAUGCUCUUACAUUUUCUUUAAUAACUAUUUUAUAAUGCUAUCAUCAAGAAAUUCAGUCUUUAAACCAUCUCUUGACCUCAUUACUGAGGAGUUAUCUUUGAACAGUGACAAUCAUAUUGAUAAACUUGUAUCAGAGGAAUAUGCUGUUAUUACAAACGAUGAUAUAACGAAUGCAUUGGACAAUAAAAACACACUUAUCAGUGAUUCUGAGGAUGCAUCAAUAAGUGAUUUUUUUAAAAUGCAUAAUCGAAUAAAAGCAAAAAGUUUUACGCCCUUGAAUACUGAGUUAUCUUCUUCACCAACUUCAGAAAAUUCAGAAAAUUCUUUUAAUAACAUCCCACCAUUUAAACCCAAAAGUUCUGAAAUCAAUGUGGAUGCAAGUUUAAAUGAAAUUAUAAGCCAGUCAUCUGAAAAUCAAGAAUCUCCUAGUGAACAGGUCUUUGUCAGUGACUUUAACCCAACAGUAUUUUCAGAUUUGAAUGGAAUUGCUAUUGACUCAAACAUUGGGAAAAAAUAUUUCACAAAAGCUAUUAAAGGAAAAUACAUGAAUGUUUAUUAUUCUUACACAAAAGAAUUUAUUUUGAAUAGAUCUGAUUUUUACUUUCAAAAUCUUUCAAUGAUGCUUAAAAUAUUAGAUUGUGAUUUAUCUUUAACUGGUUUUGAAAAGAGUUCUCAAAAUCUAUUGGAAUUACUAUUUGUUAUGCUUUUGCAAUUAGUGGUUGAAGUCACUCAAGUUCACAUAUUUUCUUCUGUUGAGUCUUUUAGGAGUGAAAUAAAAAGCUGCUGUCGAUUUAAAAAUUCUGUGAUGUUUUGCUACUCAAAUAUAAAUCCAUGCACAGUUUUGAUUGUUAUUGGUUACUUUAAAGAACAUGAUUGUGUUUUGUUGUUAUAUGAUAAACAGUUAGUUUGGGUAUACCUUUACCAACUUUGGGAAAUGCUACAAAAUAAAUUUGACGGAACAGCUGGUUACAUCAUUAUGCGUAGACCUGAAUCAGAAUUAAUUCAAACUCAAAUAAAAUUGACAAUUUCUAAAGAUAUCUAUUUGGUUACAGAUAAGCGUUAUUUGCUUGAUAAGUACGCAGCUAGCUUUGUUAGUGCAAUGGAUUCUUGGAGUUUAUGGUUGAAUCAUCCCUUAGUGAAUUCAGACGGCUCACCGACUGAAAUAGAGAAGAAUGUUGUAUGUGAUGGGUCAUUAUUUUUAAUUCAACUUGUAAAGGAAUAUGCCACUACUCAUCUGGAUUGUUCUAACCAUAAAAGUGAUUUUUUAUUAUCAAGCAACAAGCUUUUGUCAAUUGUAAUGAAUACUGACAUAUUCAGACUUAUUAAAUUCAGCACUGACAUUAUGUCAAAAGAAGAUCAAAAAUUACUAAGUUGUUUUUGCAGCCACCUAAUGAAUUUGUUUCAAUAUUCAAAAAACCCAAUAAAAAAAAGUUUAGAGCGCCGCAGCUCUUUUAGGAAAAAAAAAUCUUCGAAUCUGAAUGGGGUGUUGACAUUUGACGUUAUUUUAUCCUGUGUAAUACUGUUUUGGCCCAAUUACACUGAAAAUAAAGGUACAAAUGGUGAAACUCUCUCUCAAGCUAUUCAACAUGAACUUGGAAAUUUUGAAAAAAGUACAAUAACUGCAUUGCAAUAUCAAAUAAGUAUAUUUUUAAAAUACAUGAAAUUGCUUUAUAUUUCUGAGAGUACAUGAUCUUGAACAUGGUAAGAAAUAUGUUAUAUGUAUUAAAAAUUUAAAAUGGUACUUAAAAUUACGCAUAAUAUUUUAUAUAAUAUUAGUUCUUUUGUAUUAUUUUUAUAUUUUUUAUUUAU